AUGUGUGAACUCAGGAGGGGCAGCCGGAGAGCAGAGGCAGCGGGGAGCAGGCAGCAGCGGGCAAGGCGGCGGUGACAGCCGGAGCCUCUGUCUCCCAGGCUCUCGAUGAGCACGAUGUCCACGGCUCCCUCCAGCAAUGGGGUGUUUGUCGUCAUCCCACCCAGCAACACCAGUGGCCUCCGCUCGCCCCAAGCCAUCCUGCCCACCUCCCUGUGCCAGCCUCCAGGGAUCAUGCAGUACGAGGAGCCGCCGCUGGGGGCGCAGACACCACGGGUCACCCAGCCACCAGACCUGCGGCCCGGGGAGACAUUCCUGACCGGAGAGCCCAAGGCUUUGGGGACCGUCCAGAUUCUCAUCGGCCUUAUCCACCUGGGCUUCGGCGGCGUGCUGCUCAUGGUCCGCCGCGGCCACUUGGGGAUGCUCUUCAUCGAAGGCGGCGUCCCUUUCUGGGGAGGAGCCUGCUUCAUCAUCUCGGGGUCCCUCUCAGUGGCAGCCGAGAAGAACCACACCAGUUGCCUGGUGAGGAUCAGUCUGGGGACCAACAUUCUCAGCGCCAUGGCGGCCUUUGCAGGGACGGCCAUUCUGCUCAUGGAUUUUGGUGUCACUAACUGGGAUGUAGGCAGGGGCUAUUUGGCCGUGCUUACCAUCUUCACCAUACUGGAGUUCUUCAUUGCAGUCAUUGCCACCCACUUUGGGUGCCAAGCCACUCGCGCCCAAGCUCAUGCGCCUGUGAUUUUCCUGCCAAAUGCCUUCAGCACAGACUUCAACAUCUCCAGCCCCGCAGCCUCUCCUCCCCCUGCCUACGAUAAUGUGGCAUAUAUACCCAAGGAGUCUUCAGAGUAG